AUGCAGUGGAGUGAUUACGGUCCCCUUCUUGUUGGAGGGGUCGGCCUCUCGGUGGUGAAACAUUUGUGCCUUAAAUACGUAACAUGGAGGCAUAAAGUGAACUCCAAAGAGGUUGCAACUAUAGACGCAAUAUACUUCUAUCCGUUCAAGUCACUAAAGGGGAUAAAGGUGGAGGAAUGUGACGUAACACACGCGGCACUGAGAUAUAAGGGGGUAUCAGACAGGACUUUUAUGAUUGUUGAUGAUAAUGAUGAAAUGAUCAUAAUGAGACAGCAACCCACUCUUUGCCUUGUGACACCAAGCAUCCGUGAUGAUAAGCUAUGGCUUCAGGCAGAGGGCAUGGCUGAUGUAUGCCUGCCUCUAAAACAAAUGCCAAGCAAAAACAGUAUCAUCAGAACGAUAACAAAACACUUUAUAAACCUCAAGGGCAUGGAUUGUGGAGAUACCAUAGCGAACUGGUUUAAUAAAUAUCUGAACAAGACAAACUUGCGGGUGAUCUACUUUUAUGAACAAGAGGUGCUUAUUCAAAAAGAGAUGAUAGGAUUCCAAUCUUUUCUUGAACAAUAUUCUAAGCCAUGGGACAUGACCACCUUCAGUGAGGCAUCGCCUCUCACUCUGAUGUCACAAGAGUCUGUCGAUGAUCUGAACACACGGUUGGACGAGGAGGACAAAAUAAUGCUAGGGAAUUUUAGAAUGAAUCUGAUAGUAAAGGGAUGUGAUCCAUAUGCGGAGGACUUUUGGGAUGUUUUCUACAUAGGAGAUCAGACCAAGAUACAUAUGUGGUCUGCCAAUCCAAGAUGUAUAGCUUGCAAUAUAAAUACAACGACAGGAAUUCGCAACAAGAACUUCCAACCUUUAAAGGGAUUGCUAAAAUAUAGACCAGGCACAGAAUUUAGGGCAACACUAAGCAAAGAUCUUCAGAAAUUCUUUGCUAAUAAUCCAAUGAUGGGAAUAUUUUGUGGCGUAGAUGUCGGUGGUACUAUUAAAGUUGGGGACAUUGUGAGAGCAUAGAUAGUUGACGGUUAAAGGGAUAUUCCUUGCUAGACCAGACCAUCUCUCUCCCUAAUAUGGUAGCUACAACCAUAUGUAUACUUUCUACCUAUUCUAUUUUAUUCUUAUCUGAGAAGCUCUGAAAAUGUUUUUGCAUAAAGAGUAUGGGCCACUUGUCCAGAAAUGAUUUUAUGCUACUUUCCUACACUGUUAUGGGCAAGGUUAUAGAGUUUACAGUCGAUGACAUCACUUCCUGGGUGAAAUACCUUGCCAUACAACACGUCUAACACAGAAG